GUUUCCAUUCUUAGUAGAAUAAUGGAUGAUAAUAGAGAAGGACAAAAAUACAGUUUUUCUCCCGGCGACGACGAUGGAGUAGUGCUGAGAGAGCAAGAUCGGCUGCUGCCGAUCGCCAACGUGGGCCGGAUUAUGAAGCAGAUAUUGCCGGCGAAUGCGAAGAUCUCGAAAGAAGCUAAAGAGACGAUGCAGGAAUGCGUUUCGGAGUUCAUUGGCUUCGUCACCGGAGAGGCGUCGGAGAAGUGCCGCCGGGAGAAGCGCAAGACCUUGAACGGCGACGAUGUUUGCUGGGCUUUAGGGAGCCUAGGGUUCGACGAUUACGCUCCGCCGUUGAGGACGUAUUUGCAUAGGUAUAGACGACUGCAGGUGGAAAGAGAAAGAGCUGACGAUGAGCAUAAAGCCGCCGCCGGAAACAAUGGAGAAAUGAAAGCUUUGGCUGAGGAACCGGCGGCCGACGACGAUGACAACUACUUGAAAGGUGAACCGGCGAUUAUAAGAUACUCAUCGUCUGCAACUAAUAACUCCUUCCAGCUUCAUCAGUUUCAUUGAUAGAUAAUGAUAAUCCUUUGCUUAUUUCUUUUCUGAUUGUAAUUCUUUUCAGUUCCAUCUCAGACCAAUUCAAAUGUUUAAUUUUUGAGAAGAGACUUUCA